AGGGUUUAUUUCACCAUAUACAAUGCAAAAAAAGGACCAAGAAAACCUAGAGAAAGCCAAGCAACUGAUGAAAGAUGCACAACAUAUGGCCACAAUGCAAGCGUCGAGCAACAAGAAAGAGAUAAAUAAGAAAUUCGCAGCUGUUUUACAUGCUCUUGAUUUGCCACCUAACUUGUUUGAAGUCGAAGAAGUAGCCCCGAGUGCAUUGAUGAAGGAGCUGAACGAAAUAAUCGAGCAGAAGAGCACAGUUUUUGAAUCAGAAGUUGUAUCAAACAACAGAAGCAACGUGGACCUUGUCACUGAAGCCAGUGGAGGACGGGCACUCUUCGGUAUCUAUCAUUCUGAGUACGAUUCUCCGAGACCUGCGGGUCAGCCGAUCUUGUUGGCACCGGAAAACGUGAAAAUGCUUAGGGCGGGUGAACGCAGUCAAAAAAGGUUUGUAGUAAACUUUUAUUAUGUGUAAAUUAUUACCUGAAACAAUAUCGAACACUAAAGAAAACGACGUGUACGCAUCGGCUAAAUUUCGUUUUUCUUUUUUACUUUAUUUUAUGGCAAUAAAUUACGAUGAUGAUGAUAAUUAUGACGAUUAUUAUGAUGUCAUGAUGCAGUUUUUUGAGAUUUACCUCGAAAGGAGCUGCCACGAAUUUUUUCUCAACAAUAAAGUCGACAAGCAGCAAUGUUGGCGCUGCUAUAAAGGGAUUUGGUGGCUAUUAUCUCGCAGAAAUUGAGGGUUCGCUCGGAUCCGAAGUCAAACGGGCAAGCCAAAGAACAAUGAAAUCCUCGUGUACAAGCGUGUCGGUCAUGCAGUACUAUUCUAUAGCAAUGAAGCAAUUCCAAAUCGAAGAAGACAAGAUGAAUUUGACGAAACCAGCACUACAACUCGCAAUAGACAUUGGAAAAGGCAGCGACAGUGAGAAUAAAGCUCGUUCCUUCAUGACAUUAUAUGGUAGCCAUAUACCUUCCGGAGUCCACACGUUGGGUGGAAUUUUCUGCAGCAUCGCAGACGCCGAGAGUGACACCAGCAUCGAAACGUCCACGUUCACCAUGGCAGCCGAGACUAGAUUACAAAAUACAAUUUCCGGUGGCUAUUUUGAUGGAGCUUUCCUGGUGGGAGGCAGCGUUACCGGCGAACACAGCAGUUCUUCGGGAAAAAAGGAAGCAAGUCAUGUGAAGAAAGAUAACGCCACCUAUCGUUUCUCCGUAGAGGUCGUCGGGCCAUUGGCAUCCAACCCCGUGACGUUUGCCCAGCUCUUGAAGUACAAGUCGACCUGGGCUAUUAUCGGCCGAGGACCGCCCGAGGGCUACAUACCAGUGUGGCGGUUGCUACGCAAACAAGGCGAAGAGUUUCAAUCAGCCGCCGAUAUGCUCGAGAAAAUCUGGAAAGAAGACGAGGAAGAGAAGAGGAAGUUGUGGGAAGAUAAAGUGAAGAAGGAGUUGGAAGAGGAAAAUAAAUUUAUAAAAGUAAAAGAAGAGCUGCAAAGAACGAAAGAGGAGUUUCUGAAAAGGGUAGGUAUAUUAUUUUUGAUGUUGCUCUGAGUGUAUAACCACACCGGGUAGGCUGAAAAGGUAGCCUGACCACGGUGGGAAUCGAACCCGCGACAUUUGGGAUACUAAUCCAAUGCUCUGCCAACUGAGCUACGAGGCCAAGUCUGUCCGAGUGUGUGGUAUUUCGGUCUAAUCUAGUACCUUCGAUACCAAUGUGUUCUAUGAUCGUGAUAUUUGUAUGUCAUGCCCAUACCGUUUAUUGUCAAACCUAGAAGGGUAGCUGGUGGAACUGCCGAGAACGUUAGCAGAGGACCAAUACCUGUAUAUGAGUUUCUGUGCAUUUCAUUUAAGGCAGAUGUCUCAACUAUUUUAGAGUAUAUUGACCAUGGCGGACAACAUGGCAUAUGUGCCGAAACCCGAAUUCUGGACGAAACGUCCCAAAGUGUCCACAAGCAGAAACGUCGCUUGCGACAUAGCCCUAUCUACUAAAUUAUUGAAGCUA